UUCACAGUAAAACAGGUCUUGCAAGCCCAGGUAACUCAGGAAGCAGAAUGGUAAUUAUUCACAGAAGAAAGCAGGUAGUAUACUGUUACAUUACUACAGAGGAAAGUCAGCAGGUCACCGGCUUGCAGGGUAACUGACACAGCUGAAGCUGCUUGGCCCCCUUUAAACAGAAGUAGUAAAAUGGGAGAGAAUGAAGCAAGUUUACCUAAUACUGCUUUGCAAGGUAAAAAAAUGGCCUAUCAGAAGGUCGGUGCUGAUCAAAGAGCUCCAGGACAUUCACAGUACUUAGACAAUGAUGAUCUCCAAGCCACUGCACUUGACUUAGAGUGGGACAUGGAAAAGGAACUGGAGGAGCCUGGUUUUGACCAGUUCCAGCUAAAUAGUUCUGAGCAUCAGAACCUGGAAAAUUCAGAGACUGCAGACCUCAAUCUUGAUCCCAUUCAACCAGCAACUUCACCCAAAGGAAGGUUUCAGAGACUUCAAGAAGAAUCUGACUAUGUGACCCAUUAUACAAGAUCUGCACCAAAGAGCAACUCCUGCAACUUUUGCCGCCUUUUAAAGAUAUUUUGCACGGCAAUCAUUUUAUUUAUUUCUGGAAUCUUGAUAGGCUAUUACUCACGUAAAAAUUGCCCUUCAAAUGCUACAUCUUCAGGAACACUUGAUCUUCAGUUAUACCAGGAGAUUCUCAAGACAAUCCAAGCAGAAGAUAUUAAGAAGUCUUUCAG